AUGGAUUCGCAACAAGAUGAGCUCUAUCAGGCAAGCUCCCGGAUAAGUCCGGAUCGUUAUCAGGACUUCGCAAUGCUUGACCAUGGAUCAGGGAAGUCCAGGGCCAGGGCCCCCCGGGCGACCAGCCACUCAACAGGGCUGGAUGGCAGUGAUGGCAGGUUUCAGAGUGAUGGCCAUGUGGAAGAAGAGCCAGAGCCGGGUAGCGCAAGCAUUCCGAGCAGCGGAAGCCUUGCGGAUGAAGGUGAAACCACCAUGGCUGAGAAUUCCAGGGGGAGGGCCGACAGGGCUCCAGCUCCUUCUGCUGAAGAAGCAAAUGACGAGGCGACGGAGGCGACGGAGGCGACGGAGGCGACGGAGGCGACGGAGACUACAGAGCAAGCAGAGCCAGAAGAGCAAGCCGAGCCAGCUGGGGACCCACAGGAGGAAUCUGCAACAGAACGCGAGCCACUCUCGCAAGGGUAUGCCAUGCUUAGGUCCAAAGGGGCUCAAGUCGCGAAUGGCGUGGAGGAGAAGUCCAGUACUCAAGACGAGAGAUUUGCUGCAAGUUCGGAAAGCAGGGCCAGCGACAUGCUCAGCAACGACGCACCAUCAAGCCUGGGCGAUGCGGUUGCAGCUCCAUCAGAUGGCGGCCAGAGCAGCCACGUUGAGGUUGAUGAGCCUCUAGCAGCAAGUAGCCAAAGUGCAACCGAAGGCGCAGCGGCAGCAGGCCAGAGUGCGCCGGCAGAGGGUGAGGAGGAGGAUCUACAGACCAAAGUGCAGGACGAAGCAACCGGUCAAGUCGACCAAGUCAGAAAGGGGCCCGACCAUUCCGAGUCGGAAGGCCAGAGCGCUGCUGCCGAGGCAGAUGGUUCCGAGGAAGCAACUGGUCGGGCUGAACCGGCCGGAUCGCUGUCCAACUCUGCCGAGGCGGAAAGACAGAGUACUGCGGAAGAGGCUGAGGGCGCCACCGUCGAGAAGGCGAAGGUGACGGGUCAAGCUGAUGAGACGCACACACUCGACGAUCAUGCCACUGCUCAGAGCACCGAAGAGGUCGAAGCGCCCGACGAGGCUCGGACCCACACCCAGGAAGAGACACUUUCCAGGGACUCCACUCCUGAGUCGACAAGCCCCAGCAGUGAGGAGGCACCGCAGACCAGCUCGGAGGAGCCUCAAGCUGGCCACACACUGCCUGAGGUGAAGAGCCAGGGAACAGCAGCCAAUGAAGACGGUGAGCAGGAGCCCCCACGGUCCAACGGGGAGGAAGCCACGGGUCAAGCUGACAAGACCCAAACCCGGGGCAAUGCUCUGGUAGAAGGGAGUGCAACUGCCGAGGGUGAGGCAGUGACUCCCCAGAGCCCUGUGGAGGAAACGACAGCGGCCGACCAAGCUGACCAGACCGAAGCAAAGCCCACUGCUGUUGAGCCGAGGACAGACUCAGUGGCGUCUGCCGGAGCAGAGCAAGUGGAGCAAGCUGAGGUGAUUGGCGAUUCUCCUCCCCAACGCCAAAGCGCAAUCGAGAAGGGCAUAGUCGAGGAGGGCGCCCCUGAGCAGCUUGGCGAGAGUGCCAGCCCUGCCAAAGUCAUGGAGGGAGCCGAGGCUAGUAACCUCGAAGUGCGUGGCACGAGGCCUGAAGAUACUGGUGCGGCAUUGCCUGCCGAAGGGGAAGUGAGUUCAGAGGCGCCGACAUCACGAGGUGACCAAGCUGAGCCCGUUAAAUCCGUCGAGCCAAAGGCUGCAGAACUCAACGCAGUGGAAGCUGCAGCAGUUGCGCCAGAAGCGGCAGCAGCUGUGCCCACAGAAGCCGAGGAACCUACCUCAACGACUGCGGCUCCAGAUGCUGGGAUUGUGACUGAGACCAUCACUUCAGAGAACAAGCUGCAUGCCAACACCUCUGUGGGAGCGAGUGAGGAAGUCAACUACAAGAGAGAGACAAACAAGAGCAACACUGCGGAGAGGUUGGAGACGAGCACUGAAACAGUAGUCACACAGUCGAGCAAUGUCCAGAUCUUGACGGAUUCGGCCUCAACAACCGUGGAGACACCGGAAUCUACAAGCAGCGUGACAGCGCCGGAGAACCCUCCGCCCGCCUCCCAAGACAAUGCUACCGGUGCAGACUCAGACAAGCAGACAAGCACGACAAGCCCAAGCAGCGAAGAGCAAGCCGCUCAAGCUUUGCCCUCGCCAGACUCACUAGACAAAGAGCCAGCAAGUGCUAGCGGAGCGGCAAACGAAUCUCAGCUUCAUGCUUCAAGCCAGCUUGAGGCAGCAGAAGCUAGACCAUCCUUGAGAGGGAGCAAGAAGCCUGUCAAUGCAAGCUUCACAGAACCGGGCGUGAGUAGCAGUUCGCCUGAGAGCGCAGGGGAAGAGACCUCGCACACACCAGCGGGCCUGCAGCCAGCAAGAAGCGAUGCAACGGCAGGUGACCUUUCGGAGAGUAAGCCGGUUGCCAACAAUUCGAGGUCGAGCUUGCCCACAAGCCCCGACACCCUUGUAGAGACAUUUGCAGAACAAGAAGCUCACCAAACAACAGACAGUCCGUCCACAUCCGUGCUACAAAGAAGCAUCGCUGCACUCGACGGCGAAUCUAGCACAUUGGUGCAUGCUGCCAGCGAGAGCGUUCAGAGCUGA